CUAUUAUUUUUAUACCUUUUGAAUAAGGCUCAAACUUUUAUAAUUGAAAUGUAAUAGUCUUAUUUAUAGUGCCAACUUUUUUAAUUAAAUUUUCGAUGGCGUUGGUAAAACAAGUAUUUUACUCUAAUUUUAAAAUUAUUAAACUACUUCUUUAAUUCAAUGAAUAAAUGUUUAAUAUUUUGUGGCUCGUUUGCACUCAUAACACUUACCAGUUUUAAAAUGUCAGAGAAAUGACAAUAUUAACAAGGCAAUGAUAUUCUGACAAUUUGUUUUUUUUCAGGAAUUAAAAAAUGCAUUAUUACUUGUUUAACUUCAAUAAUAAUUUCACAACGGUCAACUUCCAAGAAAUAAAUAAAGCAAUAGCAAGUUCAUCGUUCAUUAAUUGUUAAAACUUUAAAUACUUAAGGUUUUAUUUUAUCAUUUUUUUUUGUAUGAAAUCAUUAUGACAAUUGGUAUGUUAUCCUGUAAUUCUACAUCGCCUUACUACUCUAUAUCUUCUAGUGAACAGUAUUGUGAUUGGUCUUUCGAUGAAAAGAUAUGUUGGCCUUUAGCUAAAGCAGAUACAGUAGUAUCAUUACCCUGUCCCAAAGAACAAGGAUUUGACAUAAUGAAAAACGUUUAUAAGUAUUGCACAAAAGACGGUGUAUGGGAAAACUUUACAAAUUUAUUUGGCUUGACCGAUUAUAGAAGCUGUUAUACACCAGAGUUAACUAAAUUAUUAGAAAAACUUGGCUCUUAUGAUGAUACAAAGAAGAAGAUCAACAUAGCCACCACAACGGGGAUUAUUGAAAUUGUAGGAUGUAUUAUAUCUAUAGUUUCUCUAAUCAUUUCACUUUGCAUAUUUAUUAGACAUAAAGGCCUUCUAGAGCAAAGGUUCAAAAUUCACAUGAAUUUAUUUGUUGCUUUAUCAUUGCAAAUGAUCAUCAAACUUAUCUUGAACAUAGAUAAACUAGAUUUGUUUAAAAUAAAAAAAGAUAUUUCAUGCUAUGUGGACUGCAAUAAUAAGACACAUGUGGUAGAAAAUCAAGAAAAUUGGGUGCUUGGCAUCAUUUACACUCCAAUUGUAUGCGAAGGUGCGCAAGUUAUACUUGAAUGGUCAAAAACAGCAAGUUUCAUGUGGAUGUAUAAUGAAGGGGUGUACUUGUAUAGAAUCAUUAAAUCCAGAGUGCUUAGAAUAAACUCCAUCAAUUCACGCAUGUAUUUAGUUGGUUGGGGUGUGCCAGCUUUGAUGACUUUAAUGUGGUUAUUGGUUACAUUAAUUUACUACGAUAAAUCUUCAAGCGUAUGCUGGUGGGGUUAUAGUCUUUUACCUUUUUUCUGGAUACUUGAAGGACCAAGAAUUGUGAUUUUAGUUGUCAACUUCAUAAUACUAAUGGUUGUGCUAAGGGAACUUCUAAAAAAAAUUAAAUCAAAAAUGACACCAUCAAAUGAACUAGAAAUAAUAAGGAAAGUAUCAAAAGCAGCAGUGGCUCUUGUACCGUUAUUGGGCAUAUCAAAUUUUAUAUUAGUUGUAAUACCAGAACCACAUUCCAGCAGUCCUGAACUAUUUGCAUUCUGGUCCUAUUCAGCUCAUAUACUACACUCAUCUCAAGGAUUAAUGGUGUCUAUAUUAUACUGUUUUAUGAACAAAGAAAUAAAAAAAUCGUUUGAUAAACGGAUGAUGCUGCAAAAAACACGUCGACAUUUUGAAAUGGAUAUGUCAUAAAAUGUUGAAAAAUUUAUGAACAAUAAUGUUAUAGAUAUUUAAGAAUAAUGAAUAAUAAAAUAUUGUGUUUUGACUGAUAAUCAAUAUGUAAAAACUGUAAAAUUAUUGAUAAAGACAACCUGAAAUCCUACAUCGCUAUGGUUUUAUACUAGUGACAAAAUAUCAAAUAUUUCUGUGGUCAGUUAAAAAAUUUAGUUACCAAAACACCAUAUGGUUAUUCUCAAAAAUAUACAUUAUAUAUUUUUGUAUUAUUUUACUUACUAUCACAUUGAUUAAUUAUUAUUAAAUAUUUUACUAAAAAACUCUGAAUAUAUUAGUUUUCUGUUAGUUAUGACUUUUAAUAAAUAU